UUUCUGAAAAAUUCAAUUCAAAAUGUCCUACGUCUGUGAAAAAGCGUCUCUCACGACCAACAAGGGUGAGCAACUCUUGCAGGAUAUCGAUCUGAAAUGCGAGCGCGGGGAGGUCACAGCGAUUCUCGGACCGUCUGGGUCGGGGAAGACGGUUUUGUUGAAUUUGCUAACAUUCAACACCGGGAAAAAGACUACCAACACCGCAAAAUCCGUCACGGUCGAUGGGAAGGGAGUCGCAACAUUACAACAGUGGAUGGAGCACUGCAUUUAUGUCCCGAACAUCACCGACUUGCAGUUCCCGACCUUAACCUGUAAACAGGUUUUAACCUACGCCGCCCGGUGGCAGUCGCCUGAAUUGAUCGAGGAGAGAGUCAACGACGUUCUCCAGCUUCUCGGCUUGGAGUCCUGCCAGGACACGCAGGUUGCGGGCGCUUUCGGCUUAGCGAAGGGUUUAUCUGGCGGGCAGAAGAGGCGAUUGGCGCUGGGUGUUGGGCUUCUGCGUCAAGCGGACGUGUUGUUCAUCGAUGACGUUACCUCUGGCCUCGAUUCCGCCGCGGCGUUCAACAUCAUGAAGUGCUUGCAGAAGAUCGCCGUGGAGCGGAAUGUUAGUGUGAUCUGCACGUUGCAGCAGCCGGCGGAGGAUAUUUGGGAUCUGUGUGAUAGGAUUUUGCUUCUCUCCGACGGGAAGUCCGCCUUUUUCGGGUACCGGGGGCAUUGUUUGGAUUACUUCAAGGAAACUUGCGGGCUGAAAAAACCAAAUCAGCAGAACGCGGCGGACUUCGUGUUGAACGCGAUUAACGCAGAUUUUGUCGCGUUGGAUGAAGUCGAGCGGGUGUUGCGACUGUGGGAGGAGAACAAAGAGAAUCAAGCGGUGAAAACCAGGUCCGGAUCCAAGGACAAAACUGUUGGGUUGAUCACUGGACUACAACAACCUGGAACUGGUGCCAACGCAACCUCCCCAGACGACGGUGAAAACACGACUGUAGUCUUCAAAUCGCAGAAAACGAUGCAGCAACAGUUCCAGAACUGCCGGAAAUCGACAAAUUUUGAAAAGCUGAAAGUCACCUUCGCACGGGAUCUCCGAGUCACGAUGACCGACCCGGUACUGUACUGGGCCCGGGCGAUCAUGAACUUCGUUAUGAGCUUCUUUCUAUGCAUUGCAAAAGCAUCGCACUAAGCGUAAAUCGCAUGACAAAUCUGCUCAGCGUGAGGAGUAUAAUUUGUAAUGGGGAUUGACCUCAACAAAGAGAUCUGUAAUGCAUCUCUGCGAUAAUUUUUACUACGAGUGCGAUACUUUUGCUGUGGAUACUUUCUCGUCGCGCUCUGGUGGGAAGGAAUCGAAUACGACAACGAGUUUGCGAUGAACUAUCCUGUGCAAAAGGAUCGCACUCGUAUUGUUAUCAUGCAUUACAAAUCUUUCGCUCUACGUAAAUCCGCAUUACAAAUUUCAUUUCUCAUGCUGAAGCUGAGGAAAUUUGUCAUGCAUUUAUACGAAUCCGAUACUUUUGCAAUCCACAUGAACCGCAUGUGGCCCAUGGCAAUGGCGAUGAGCAACAUAACGCUAGAGUCGAUCAUCUGUGUGUACUUUUUCAACAAGGCGCACCAAACCUGGAAGGUGGAAAUCCGGUCCCAGGGGUUCUACCCGAGCUACUGCGUCGUGGUUAGUAACUUUCUUUUAUCUAUCCCCUGCCUCGGUUUCACGGUGUUCAUGGCGAUGUUUCCGGGCAACAUGUACGGGCUCGGGAAUUACGAGAUUGAGGGCGGGUUCGAGGCUUUUACGGUUAUGCUCCUGAUGGCGAUCGUCUUCGACGGGUUUGGGAAACUCUGCUCCUUAACUGACAACAUGCUGGUCGGCUUUCUGGGGUACAUCCAGUUCUGGUUCGCCUCCUUCCUUUUCUGCGGGUUCAUGAUCGAGUUUGACUUGGUCGUGUGGCCGUUGCGGGCUCUGACCUACACCAGUCCCCACCGACACGCCAUCCCCGCGGUGUUGUAUGCGGACUUCGCGAGACACACGGAGUGGAAAAAUGCAGCGCCGUGUGCAGCGGGCAUGCUGGAAUCCGUCGCGACACAGGCGAACUGCAUCUUCCAAGACGGAUUUACCGGUGCUGCUGGUGCGAGAACGGCGGUUGGUGCUGGGUUUGCCUGUGCCUACCAAGAGUACCAGUGCUGGGGCUACACCGGGAUCCAGGUGUUGCGCACCAUGCACAAGGUCUACCCGGUGGUGGAUUACGAAGAUCCGGUUUUCGAACGGUCGAUGAUUUUGCUGGGUUUCGUAUCCUGCGUAAAAACGUCCCCACCCUAUAGUCAAGUCGGAAACUUAGCAACACAAAUCCAGAAGUUUUGGGAGGCACGCAUGACAAGUUCGUCUCUAUAUUGUAGAUAGUGCAGUCGCAUCACAAACCGGGAUCCUUAUCCUGUUUACAGCAUUACAAAUGCCAAAACACGGUUGGAAAUGCCUCUCAUGUAAAUGCGCAGUACAAAUGUUCCUGUCAUUGCAAAUCUGCAUGACAAAUCUGGGGUGGGGACGUUUUUGCAGAUGAUACUUCGGGUUGUUGUGGAACUUGUGCUACGGAAUGGGGUUGAUUUACAAGAUGAUCGGGGACGUGCCGAAGAUCGGUGACUCGGCGCUACAGCCAACCAGUGGUGCAAACGGAGUGGUCCCGAAGAACAAGAAACGACUCUCAUACCACCAGCACGACAACGACUUGCAGAACGACAAAGCUGGUGAUGUAACAGCAACAGGCACAACUAGUACAUCCACGGAGCUGAAGUACAAAGUGCAGGACAACACCGCUGAAGACAACUCCUAUGGGAGUGUCAGGUUUGAAAUCUACAAAGUUGAAAUAACUUGUAAUGCAUAAAAUGGAUGCCAGUUGUGACCGAGCUUCUAAGUGGCGCAUGACAAAUUUGGGUAGAGCCGAAAUCCAGUUUGUCGCGCUGUUUCGGUAAGGAAGACGCCUUUUGUCAUGCUACUUUAGCAGCUCAGUUUCUACCCCUUAACAGGCUUACAAUAUACCUCACUUGCCUACUCUGCAAGACAGGCACUUUGUGGGCUGCAUUUUAUGCAUGACAAAUUAUUUCAAAAACUUUGUCGAUUUCAAUCCUGACACAUCCAUAACUCCAACCCGGGAAAUACUUCCUCUUCCGAUUCCAACCCGAUCAUCCCUUUGUUAAAAAUCGACAACAUCAACGUCGUCACGAAGGAAAUCAAACCGGGCUUCCUCACCAACAAGCAGGGAAAACCGGCGAAACAACUUGUCAUCGACGUCUCGUUAGAAGCGAACCGGGGCGAAGUCUACGCGAUCCUUGGUCCGUCCGGCGCCGGGAAAACGACUUUCUUAGACGCGAUUACCUGCAACGCGGCGAAGAAUUUGAACACGUUUGGGACUGUGGCGAUAAAUGGCGAGAAGGUGGAGAAUUUACAGGAUUUAAUCGCGCACCGCUGCGUCUACAUUCCGCAGCACAACGAGUACUUCGCGACCUUGACGCCGAAAGAAGUGUUGGAGUACUCAGCAGAUUUCGCGAAUGUGGAUAGAAGCAAAGUCGACAAGGUGAUUCGGAAACUUGGCCUCCAAUCCUGUCAAAAUACCAAAAUCGGCGGGAAGUUCGGCACGGUCGGGCUCUCCGAAGGGCAGAAGAAAAGACUUUCGGUCGCGCAAGCUCUGAUCAAGGAGCCGCUGAUUCUGUUCUUAGAUGAGCCGUAUCCAGUGCAACUAUGUCUGAGUCUGGAAGGAUGCAACCUGUGAUGCUAUCUUUUGAUCCUAGAUAAAAUCUGUGUUGCAUGAAAACAGCAAAAGGAACCUGUCCAGUGUUUGCUACGCGGAAAGGGCAUUUGUCAUGCGGUAUGAGCAUCAGAGGGACUUCGCAAAGUCUGUGAUCGUGAUGAUACCGCCUGCAUCACAGGUAUCAGGCGUCAUGGAAAAUAUGCAUGACAAACUUGGCACUUGUUCUCCAAACCCAGACACAUUCGCAAUGCAUAAGCCAACCACAGGCUUGGACGCUGCCUCCGCCUACUACACCAUGCGGUACAUCCGGAAAAUCGCCCACGAGGACAACAUGUUGAUCAUUUGCACGAUCCACCAACCUAUCGAAUCCAAAUAUGUCUGUGUCGGGAAACAAACUUGUGAUGCUGGUUGGCGAAUCCUGAGGACGCCCCAAGUGAUGGCUCAGCAUGACAAGUCUCUGACUUGCUAGGUGUUGCGUAUUCUGCAUGACAAACCCCGUUUCGGCAUGACAGAAAAGUGAAGCUUUCGGGUAACGAGCAUGACAGACUUUGGAGUCAUGCUAGCAGAGCAUGACAGACUUUCCAUUCUUCCAGACCCAGACAUUUUUGCAAUCCAUACAACCCAGCUUCGACGUGUGGCAAAUGUUUGACAAAGUGCAAUUACUGGCGAAUGGGUUUACCGCUUAUGCUGGGAGAAAGUCGUUUGUGGAAACGUACUUCAGCAAGUGCUGUGGGUCGAAAGACAAUGUCGGUGCGCAUGCGUUACCUUUUGGCCGCAACCCCGCAGAAGUGUUGUUGGACAAAAUCAACGCGGAUUUUUCGCCGAAGGAAGUCGUGGACGAUAUCAUUGAAUCAUGGAAGAUUUGGAAUACGAAAAAGAUGAACACGACGAUGCUGCAAAAUAACAACUUAGUUGGAACAACAACCGAUGACGUCGUCAAGCCGAGCUCGUUGGAACUGCAGCAAAAACAACACUCCGGUAGCGGCGCCGGGGAUUCUAGUACGGGGAACAGCGGAACGGGAACAAGUGGGAAGGACGGGAUGAACAAUCAAGACGAACAAAACUCCUCAUCUUCCGGGGCAAACAACGCGAACGCUUUUCCGGAGAACCAAGGCCAUGUUUUUAACGUGCCUGCAAUCGAGGGGUCGCACAACGCGGCUCCUGCUGGUUUCGUCCUCGGAGGAGGCUCAUCAGGUACUUCUAUCGCAAAGGUUUACCCCAUGGAGAUGGAAGUAGCCUUCAACGUGGAGGGUAAUCACAACCUAGAAACGGACUCCGACAAAGCAGGAACGACAACUACUUCGACUUCCAUCCAGAAGAUGACCACGAUCCAAACCUCUUCCUCCUUCGUCGCCGUCACGAAACGGGCCUUCCACGUCGCUUUUACCGAUUACUCCGUCUAUUUAGGUCGGAUCCCGCUCUACUGGGUUUCGUGCAUGUUCUUCUGCUUAGUUUACGUAGAAGUGCGGGAGAUGAAGCAGCCGAAUGUCCUCUUCCGCAUGUGGCUCAUCAUGUGGUGCAUCUGCAGUCAGUGUGUCUUCGGCUGCGUUUCCGUGAUUUUCUACGGGAAUGAGUACCAAUUAGUCCGAGAUGAGAUUCGGAACGGGUUUUAUAAGGCGCGGGACUACCAUUUGGCGUUGGUGUUGGUGUCCAUCCCGAUGGUAUGAAAGUGCGCGACUCCACCCCCUCCCCCUCAUUUGUCAUGCAAAAUACCCAAGCCACCCUUUGCCUCUUGGCAUUGUUUGCAUGACAAGUUCUGGUAGCCCAAAUAGCAAUGUAAUCCAUUGUAAGUUUGUCAUGCAAAGCCGGCAUUUUUGCUGAUGAGAGUAUGGCUGUUCAUGCAAUACAAAUGAGGGCGGGGGGAGUUGUGCACUGUCAUACAUCGUGUUUCUACUCGCCUUUGCGACCAUAAGUGGGAACGCUUAUGGUGUGGGGAACUUCGACUGGGAGGAUGGGGACUACGGGAUGUUCUUGAUCAACUGCUUUGUCAACCACUUGGUGUUCGAAGCGUUCGCCCAGGCGAGCUCGGUGCAAUUCGAUAACAUCAUCAUCGGUAUUGAUUGCUGGUUGACUAGCUCAUGUUCAUAGUCGCAUAACGUGCAUCACAAACGAGUCUCGCCUUUGAUAUUUCGCAAUACAAAUUUGAUCACACCAGGUAUGCUCAACUACGUCGGCUACUGGUUCAACGCGUUUCUCUAUCCUGAGAAAAAAGUGUUACAGUUACACAUUUUGUUGCAGGCCAAGCAAGACAGACAAGCUCUGUCAUGCCGGAUAUGCUAGGAGCCUCCAAUCGUGGCUCUUUUUUCGUAGGAUUUCUGCAUUGCAAGUUUUCUCUCUCAUGCAGAGAAAUUUGCGUUGUGAAUUGAUAACAAAUGUGUAACUGUAGCACUUUUUUCGUGUGAUAUUCUCUUCAUGGGAAUGAUGCUUGACCUGGAUAACACCCUGAUCGUGUUCCAGUGGAUGUCCUGGGCCAUGCCCUUCAAAUACAGCUACAAUACCGCCGUAUGGAUCUGUCAGGAUUGAAAUCGUCAAAGUUGAAACGAUUUGCCAUGCAUAAAAUGCGAGGCAUGAAGUGCCUGUCUUGCCGGGAUGGCAAGUGAGUCAGAUUGUGCGCCUAUUUAGGGUUUGGGAUAUAGCUGCUAAAGGAGCAUGACAAAAGCAGUCGUCCGUGCCCAAACAGCAUGACAGAUUGGAUUUCGGUGCUCCGAAAAUUUGUCAUGCGCCGCUUAGAAAUCGGUCUUCCAUCAACUGGCAUCCAUUUUAUGCAUGACAAAUCAUUUCAACUUUGUCGAUUUCAAACCUGACGCUUCCAUACGCCGUCUACUUGGAGUACGAAGGCCGAACCCUUCCCGGCGCGGACCGCUGCCCAAUGAUCACUAGUUCUCUCAUAUCCUGUGCAAAAGUAUCGUACUCGUAGUGCAAUCAUGCAUUACAAGUCUUUUUCUUAACGUAAAUCCGCAUUACAAAUUUUAUUUCUCAUGCUGAGGAAAUUUGUAAUGCAUUUAUACGAGGACGAUACUUUUGCAGUUCAUAUCUCACCCCACCGAGCAACACGGUAAACGGUUACCUACUCGCCCAACAGUCCGCCGGGUCGAACCAGGGCGGGUGCAUUUGGAAGCCGGAUGACGUCGUGUCUGUGAACUAUCAAAUCUAAAAAUAUCUGGGUCUGGAAGAAUACAAACUUGUGAUGCGCAUUUCAGAACACAGAAAAAUCUCUCAUGCAUAGGUAGCAAAAGCUGCCCACUUUCUGUCACCAAAAUGGGGGAUUUGUCAUGCGGAUUCGACAUGGCGGAAGCGGAAGCUUCUCGAAACCUGUGAUGCUGGAGCUUCCAUGCCAGACCUUCUGCGUCAUGCAAAAACAGCAUGACUCUUCCAGACCCAGACACUUUUGCAUUUGAUACGAACGGCGUGCCGACAACAACCACGGACUUAGGGUAUACCUGUGGUUUACCCGGGAGCUACAAGCACAUUUGCUACGGGUUUACCGGGAAUGAAUAUCAAAUGCAAAAAUGUCUGGGUCUAGAACAACAAUGCAACUUGUCAUGCUAAAUCUGAAUCAUGUAAAAUAAAAAUCUGUGUUGCAUGAUUGCCAAAAGCUGUCCACUUUUGACCUAAUCGAGAGGCAGUUUCCCAUGCAGGAUUACUAUCUAUUAUAUUCAUGCGAAAAUAUUGUUGUAGAGAGGGUAAACGAGAGGUGGCAGGGAGGUCAAAAAGAGGUCAAAAGAGGUAAAAAAGAGGUCGACAGAGGUGGAGAGGUGGCGCGGGAGGUAGUUCGAGAGGCUGGCCGAGAGGGGGCGCGAGUAUAGCCCGCCGAACCGGUCGCCCUUUAGGGCCGCUAAGGGGCACGGAGGUGGCCGAGAGGUAAAACAGAGGGCAAGCGGGAGGUGGACAGAGGUGCCGAGAGGUUGCGCGAAUAAGGGCGAACCUCCCGCGCACCCUCCUGGCCACCUCUCGGCCACCUCUGUCGACCUCUACCCGCGAAUAUAGCCGGACUAUUAGCGGGGACCCCCAAAAGAGGCCAAAAAGAGGGUCUGCGAGAGGUCUGCGAGAGGGUAAAAACAGAAAGAAGUGGGCGCGAAUCCGCAUGGCACUACCCACAUUUCGCAUUGCAGGCCAUUCGCGAGCUUGUUUUCUUCGGAGUCUUUCCGUGCCACCCUCUCGCGCCGCGCACCCUCUCGCGCGACCCUCUCGCGCAACCCUCUCGCGCCAAUCUACUUACAGGCGCAGGCGUCACAAUUUGUGGCGUCUCGCGCCACCCUCUCGCGCUACCCUCUCGCGCCAGGCGGCUUUUGUUCGCCCCCGGUGCUCUUUGCAGCUGCUCCCUGCGCAGAGCGCCUACGGGCGCGGGAAGCGCGCAAGCGGUCCUGCGGGUUGGCGCGGCGCAAACAGGCGGCAGGACUCCAGUGUGUUUCAUUGUGCAUCCGCCCGUGGCGUUGUGGUCCGAUUGGCAAACAGUCUUUCUCCGGCCCAACAGCCUUGCGCUCCGGCGUUAGCCGGAGCAUGGCUGGUAGGUAUGAUAGAACUCUCACAGAAUCUGCCAUGCUACGUCCUACAUACCAGACGUCCUGGAACAUGGAAAACCUGCAUGACAACUCUGGCACUCUUCCAGACCCAGACACUUUUGCUUUUGAUAGCGAAGCGAUGGACACGAUUCACCGGAUGGGAUAUUCCGCUACGAAGGACGAGGAUUUCAUGUUGCGGAACUUUAUCCUAAGUAAAAGCGUCCCCACCCCAUAGUCAAGAUGGGAAAUCUGCUAGACAAAUCUACCUGCUUAGGGUGUUGCGCAUGACAAGUUCGGCGUCAGGAGGUAGUUCUGUUUACCUCGUUUAGAAGCAUCACAAAUCUAGCGCACUAUGCUGAUUGGAGCAUUAUAAAUUCCCAAACGCGACUAGAGAAUACCUAUCAUGGGGCUCCGCAUGAGAAACAUUUUGGGCAUGUGUUUCCGCAUGACAACUCUGGGGUGGGGACGUUUUUACACGGGAUAAACUUUAUCGGGUUGUUGGUUUUAUUGGUUUUGAACAAAUUGACGCAUGUCAUGUUUUAUGCAUUGCAAAAGUAUAGUACUCCCUCGUACCAAUUGCAACUAUGCAUAACAAAUCUUGUCCUUAAGGUAAAACAGCAUGACAGAGUCCAGUUCUCAACAUGCUGAGAAAAGUUGUAAUGCGUUUCUACUAGUGCGAUACUUUUGCAAUGCAUAUGUUUUUCAACCAGAAAGUCCACUAUUCCAGCAAAUUAGCAGCUGCUGGAGGGGAUUUGGAGAAGGAAACUGGUUUGAAGGAGGCAUAUGAAAUGCAAAAGUGUCUGGGUCUGGAAGAAUGCGACUUGUGAUGCUGCGUUUGGAUUCCAAAAAAAAUUGUAUUGCAUGAGUAGCAAAGGGAAUGUAAUUUUUUUUUACGCGGAUAGGGAAUUUGUCAUGCGAAAUAGGCAUCAAGAACCCCUCGCAAAGUCUGUGAUGCUACGGCAUGCAUCAUAGACAUCAUGGCUCAUGCAAAACGUGCAUGACAAGUCUCAGAAUCUCCCAAACCCAGACAUUUUUGCAUUUGAUAAAGCAUCGGGAAAAUCAAGUCCGGCUGUGGAAGUGUCUGCGGCCAUCGGUGACAAGAUGAUGUAGCAAUGUAAGUAAAAGUCAGAGCUUCCCGUAAAAAUUUGCUAGUACCCAAUGUUUAUACGUUUACCAAAAAUACCACGAUGAACACGACAAGUGCUCGCUUUUUUACAACUACCCCUUAUUAUCAACCUGGCCAUCAAUCCUGAUUUUUUAUCAUAUCUUUCUCGUCUUUGUGCCCUCGUGUUUCGGUUUUCCCGAACACAGCAACAGCUUUGCUGGGCACUCUUGAUCACCUGCUUUUCAUGCACAGUGUGGUGCACGGUGCAAUAGUUGCAUUUCGAUAUUGCAACUUCUUGCAGCCUACAUUUUUUAUUUUUUUCAUUCUUUUACCGUCUUUAGUGAGUUCUUGUUUAUCUUGUUUGUACGACAGAUAUUGAAUGGAUACGACUGCGGUCGACCAGAUCGCACGAUUUUUUCUUGAUGUUAGAACUCUGUGUAGCCUUGUACGAUAGUUGUCGUACCUCAACAUCAUUUUCCGAUGCUCAUCUCGUUUGUUAAAAAGUUGAGGUGGGUGUCACAUCCAUAAAGCAAAACUUCAGGAGCUGCAUAUGGGACGAAUGCGAAACUAUUGAUGCUAAGUAGCUUUUUCUGCAACUUCUGUAUGAUAGAGCUUGUCCGAUUCGUGUACAAUCAUGCUAUGGUAGUUAAAAACAGAAUCUACCAGCAACACCACUGUGUACAAUUUUCUAUCAUGCAACGCAGACGAUGACGAACCAGCACAACAUUUCACUCAUUGACAGCAUGCGCUGGUGCUGGAGCUGCAAAGACGGCA